AUGGCUCCAACAAAGGCCGAGAAGAAACCAGCGGAGAAGAAACCCGCCGCAUCCCCCGCCGAGAAGAAACCAAAGGCCGAGAAGAAGAUCUCAAAAGAAGGAGGAUCCGACAAGAAGAAAAAGAAAACCAAGAAGAGCAUUGAAACCUACAAGAUUUACAUCUUCAAGGUUCUGAAGCAGGUUCAUCCCGAUAUCGGUGUUUCAAGCAAGGCCAUGGGAAUUAUGAACAGUUUCAUCAACGAUAUCUUUGAGAAACUCGCUCAAGAAUCGUCUCGGUUGGCUAGGUAUAACAAGAAGCCAACGAUUACUUCUCGGGAAAUUCAAACCGCUGUUAGGCUGGUUCUUCCUGGUGAAUUGGCUAAACACGCAGUCUCUGAGGGUACCAAGGCCGUUACCAAAUUCACCAGCUCUUGA